CGGCCCCCCACCCUCCACCCCCAACACCCCGGCUCCGGAAACGCGCCACCGAGCUGCAGGGCUCCGCCAGGGGCUGGCGGCUCCUUGGCGCUUCCUGCCACGCCGGGCCUGCUUGCACAGCGCCAGCUCCGCUUCUGCGAGGGCCCAGAGUCAGGUGCUGCGGGCCGGGUGAGCGUGCAGACCCCGAGAGGGACGUGCAACUCGAGUGAUCAUGAGAGAUGUGCGCGAUCAAGGAUGUGCGGCCCAAAAGAGCAUGCGGGGCGGCGGGAGGAUGUGCUUGGGGGCCUGAGUGAGACCGUCCCUGCUGGACUAAUCUCUUGGAACUGGUCUAAAACAAGAUGAGUCAUCCCUGUGUGUCUCUUUUGGCCCUACCUGCUCCCCAAGAUGGAGCCCCAGGAAACCAGGUCCUGGCAGUCCCUCUUGAGAUGCCGGAGGCCCAGGACUUGGUGUCAUUUGAUGUUGUACAGUGGUACCUCACAGAACAGAACUGGCUGAAUCUGAGUCUGAACCUGGAGCAGCAGGCAGUGGCAUAUUCCAGGACUGUGACCUCCAUUGGAGUUCCCGUUGUGAGUCCUGCUUUGGUAUCUCACCUGUCACAAGGACAAAUUCUGUUGGUAUCAGAUCCAUCCCUCAACACAGAUCACACUAAGCACCCUGAAAGCUCCUCCGUGACCUCCCACCAGAAGAUGGCUGAAGAAGCCCAGCUGCAAGAGAUGGCGUCCAGGAGCUCCCCGAGGGCCAAUGACCCCAGCGCUGAGGUCAAACAGAAUGGGGACUCCGGGGGAAGGGGAGGGAGCCCACAAAGUCUGCCCAUAGAACACCAUUUUGCAUGUAAAGAGUGUGGGGACACCUUCCGCCUUAAAGUGCUCCUUGUUCAGCACCAGAGGGUUCACAGUGAGGAGAAGGGCUGGGAGUGUGGCGAUUGCGGGAAGGUCUUCAGGGGGGUGUCAGAAUUUAAUGAGCACAGGAAGAGCCACGCAGCUGUGGCCACUCAGCCCCGGCCUGGCCCCAGUUGGGCUCUGGAAGAUGCCUUGCAAAAGAGGGAGCAAAUGGAGAGGGAGGCGAAACCCUUUGAGUGUGAGGAGUGUGGGAAAAAGUUUAAGAAGAACGCAGGCCUUAGUCAGCACCUGAGGGUGCACAGCAGAGAGAAACCCUUUGAUUGUGAGGAGUGUGGGCAGUCCUUCAAAGCCAACACCAACCUCUUUCGACAUCAGAAGCUCCACAGUUCGGAAAAGCCCUUUGCGUGCAAGGCGUGCAGCAGGGAUUUCCUGGACCGCCAGGAACUACUCAAGCACCAGAGGAUGCACACGGGCCACCUGCCCUUCGACUGCGAGGACUGCGGCAAGUCCUUCCGUGGUGUCAACGGCCUGGCAGAGCACCAGCGCAUCCACAGCGGCGCCAAACCCUACGGCUGUCCUCACUGCGGCAAGCUGUUUCGGAGGAGCUCAGAGCUCACCAAGCACCGGAGGAUCCACACUGGUGAGAAGCCCUAUGAGUGCACCCAGUGUGGCAAGGCCUUCCGCCAGAGCUCCAGCCUGCUGGAGCACACUCGCAUCCACAGCGAUGAGCGGCCUUAUGCCUGUGGCGAGUGCAGCAAGGCAUUCAGGGGGCCUUCUGACCUCAUCAAGCACCGGCGCAUCCACAGCGGAUUGAAACCCUAUGAGUGCGACAAGUGUGGCAAGGCAUUCCGGAGGAGCUCAGGCCUGAGCCGCCACAGGCGGAUCCACAGUGUGGCCAGGCACUGUGAGUGCAGUGAGUGUGGUCGUGUGUUCAAGAGGCACUCAGCACUGCAGAAGCACCAGCCCUCCCAUCACCUGUAGCAGGGGUCCACAGAGGCCAUAGCCCAGGCAAAGGAGAUGAACAGUUUUGUAGCGCUUCUUCUAUCUAUUUUGUUGUGUGAGAGGUUGAAAUGAUUUGUACUGCCACCAGCAAUUUAUAAAUGUUCAUGUUUCCCAGUAGACCUAUUGAGGGUGACUUUUACCAUUUUAACAUAGCUUGCCUACUUUUCCUUGCAGAAAAUACCAUCAAGGUAUUUUAAUCCUCAUAUCCAGAACGAGAAGAAAAAAAUCUGCUUAUGGGGGUCUAAGUAGGGAGCUGGGAGGUCCUUGCAAAGCUCUACCUCUGAGGGAAAUUCAAUGGCGUCAGAAUGAUGAUGCACUUUUCUUGAAAGGAAAAUUGCCCCGAGGUAUUGGCCUACUUGAAUUUAUAAAAUUUUAGGGAUUGUAAAUAGAUCAAAUAGCAUAAUAUUUAAUUUAUUAAUUUAGUUAUACAUACAUAUUGUAAAUCACAUUAUAUGGACUAAUAUAUUAAUGUAGAGAAUUUACCAUACUUUUUCACCAUACUCCAUUUGUUUCUAACUCUUGAUGUACAUUUUUUGACCUCACCAACAAGGGAACCUGUUUGAGGCAUCAGCCACCUCUAUUUGUGGUGUGGUAGCACUGUGACAAUCCCUGCAUGAGGCUUUCACCACAAGUUUCCUCCAAGCCAUAAGAACAUAUUCAUAUAACAUUACAACCAUUACUUUGUGUUUCUAAAUUAGUACUGUACCUACAACAUAACCACAUAAAGUGGUGCUUUCCCAAAUGGCCUUUUAAAGGGACUUUUUUUCUGGGGUGGGGUGCACUCCUAGUAAAACUUAGUGAGCUAGAGAUAAACCUUUUUUUUGGUAUCUCAUUUAGCUAAGCCAAUUUAAUCCAGUGACCCCUAUAAACAUCAAAAACAAACAUCAGUUGAGGUUUGGCCUCACAUGGUAUCAUCUUGUUCAACUUAAAGUGAGAGAGAAGGCCAUCUUCAGGACUUACAGGUAAAGUGACAUCUUCCUGGAAGAUCCUCAUCUCAUAUCAGGCAUAAAUGGUACAUCUUCAGCCUUCCACUUGCAGCGGUGAAGUGGGGAGCAGUCACAGUCCCUACCUCCUAAGGUUCUCAAGGAGUGUACCUUGCUUGCAAGAACAUUGCCCAGCAAGGAGGUCUGCUCAGUGAAAGUCACUUGCUGACAUCCCACAGCUCAUUAGUAUCAGAGACAAAGAUGGACCUCUCAGGCCUCCUGACUACUAGCCUCAUCUUUCAUGCAAUGAUUUCAAUACUAUUUUCGUUUUCUUGCAUGCCAAUUAUCCAUUCAUCUCCUUUGACUAGUUAUCAAGUUACCUUUGGAUAUAUUGAUUUAGUACUUAUUUCUAUAUCAAUUGGGGUGUUACUUUCCAAUUUUUAUUGCUUUGUUUCUUUAGUACUUUUAUUAUAUUUUUGUUUUAUAGGCUUUGGAUUAUUUUUACGUAUCCUUGAAUUCUUUUUUGUCUGUUAACUCAUGACUUUCAUUGCUUCAGUACUUAGAUAUGAUGAUAUUUUCUUUGAGAAUUUACUUACAAAAGAAAAGUUGAAUCCCUUGCCUACUGAGAAAGUGAACAUAUGGAGUGGGCAGGCUGGCUGGGAGUGGGCCAGAGAAGCAGGCCCAUGCCUCAUCCAAGAUGUAGACUCUGUAAAUGUCUCUGGGCAGCCCUUGACCAUACAACCUGGCCACUGAGGCACGCUAGAGACAUGUCCAUCACACAUUGCUCAGAGCACUCUGUGACUGCUCAUCAGUAUAGCCCCAGCCACCAGCACCAGGGCUCAGCUUCACCUAGACCAACAGAAUGGUCCAAAUAUGACCUGGCAGCAGCCAGCCAUCUUUCCAGCUGUCAGGAGCCUUGAUCAUUUUGGAUCGGUGACUGAGCAGCAGCUCCACUUAAGAAAUCUAUGAGACAUAGAAGACUCACCUGACUGGUGAUGUUAUGUGACCUCCGUCCUCCUCCCAGCAAAUGACUCUGGAAUGAAAGAGAUCAGUUUUGUGGCUUCUGCUUUGGGCAACUAGGAUGAGAAAUUUGCCCAUGUGUGUGGCAUCAUGUCCUGCAACCACAUCUAAGAGGCCUGGGGAGAAACAGCCGUGUUCCUCUAGUAGCCUGUAAGCUGUGCCACAGAAUCUGAGUACCAGGUCUAGUUCAGGACUUGCAAUAGCCAUGCCCAAGAGGGGCAAUAAAACAGGAUCAGACGGUAAGAAGCCAUUCUGACAGUUCAUGUAGCAUAGAAAUCAAAUCUGAUCCCCCUGCAGUUAGGCUGUUGCUGCGAGCCCCAUUCAGGAGAAACAGCAGGUGAGGAAAAUAGUCACACCAAGGUUGAGCCUGAGUUUCUGGUUGUGUCCUGAGAGGUGUUGGAGGGCCAGAAACUGUAUCUUUUUUAUUUUUUUAUUUUUAUUUUUUGGUUUUUCGAGACAGGGUUUCUCUGUGGCUUUGGAGCCUGUCCUGGAACUAGCUC